AUGCGCGAGCUCAGCCAAAAGACAACCUCUCGCGCACCACAGACUGCACCAAGUGAACAGCAUAUCACGGGCUCGGUCCCCAAAUUAGCAGUUGUAUCUCAUCCAGGAGCUGAGGAUCAAACAUCCGCAACUCGUCCUGAUCCACCAGUCGCUCCAGUCCAUGUAAUUCGGAAGAUGUAUACCUGGAUCAAUGGUAACCCUGAAACGCCAAAGGACGUCGUCGAGCUACCCGAGUCGAUCGCAGCUCAAUUGGCUUCAAAUAGACUGGGCCUGCGUUUUAUUGAAACAUCUAAGAAAAGUAUCCCACGACUGCACUUCCUACAAGGAACUAUUGACAAAGCUCUCAGUGGAGCAUAUAACCUUCUCUCUGUGACCUGCUUGCUAGCAGGCAUGCAAACUCACUUUUCCAUCAUCAACAAAGACCUUCAUACGUCGCUUUACAACGUCCUCAAGUCUGAGCUCGCCAAGCUCUCGCUCGAGUCUCCUCUUAAGCUGCCGUCCCUCUAUGCGAUGCUUCUAACCUGUCUUCUAAACUUGAACCUCGGCUACUCUGAUAGCUUUAUCGACGCCUGGCUCUUGAGUGGCUCGCUGAUCCUUCACCUUAUGCUCUCGUUGGAUUUUCCUGUUCUGCAGCAAGCGACUGCGUCGUUACUUUAUACCGAGGAUGAUAGGCAUCGGAUACUGACGUGGAAUGCCGCAUGUCUCCAACAUCUCAAAUUCACAAUCGGUGUAGGGAAGCUGUCGGCUGUGCGAAUGGACCUGGCGGCACAUUACGUUGAGAUAGUUAAGCACGCAGAUGGUUUCAACGAAUUGGACAAGGAAGUUGUGGCCGAACUCGAGCUUUUCAUAUUAUUAUAUCGAGGCAUCGUUGAGGAGCAUGUCUCAGCUAAUCAACUUCAAAGCAACCUCACACAAUGGCAUAUUACUAAUGCAAAGCUGCUUAAUCUUGAUGAUAGCCUAGAGUUAAAAUUUGCUCUCUCGACAUUUAGCUUACUUGCCAACAGAUGGGAGUUGUCCCAACUACAGAAGGAAGACAUCAACAACGUCCGCGAGAAUGCUGUGUAUGGCCAGCACAUCGAGUCCAUACUAGAGCACAGCCACCACGUCGUACGGCUCUCAAGGGACAUGAUUAAGCAGAAAAAGAUCAUCCACACUUUCGACUUCCUUAUGGGCGCUUAUGCGCACAUCACGCUGGUCGAGUUCUCGGACAAUCUCGAGGACAUCGAUGAGACGUUUCGUCUAAUGGAGGAAGUGCAAAAUCUGCGAAAGGAUACAUAUGUUGUCGAACCGGUCUCUAUCUGGGCUAUGAACAUGAUGAGAAAAAGAGUGUUUGAUGCGGCACGACCUGAGGUGGACACACAAACACAAAUGUUGCCUGGUCUUGAUAUUUGGUGGCCGCCUUUUGAAGCUUUAAGUACUAGGAUGGAGUAUACGUCAACAGAAGUAAGCGAGCAAUAUCAAUAG